AUGAGCAACCCGAUCCAGCACAGCGAACACAGAUCCAGUUGGAAUUGGUGGACGACGGACUCCCCUUUCCCGGAACAAGAAGCGUCACACUUAUGGGAUCCCUUGAAAGCAGCGUUGAUGACUCUUGUUGACGGUGCCGUAGAACCCGUCAACCAGGUGAUACUUGACAACUUCAGUCAUGGACAAACUGCCAGAACUUGGAAGGAAGUCCGAGCUUUAGCAAGGGAAUCCUUGAGGGGAGCGAAGUCUGGGCGACCGGCUCUGGAUCUCGUUGAAUCGAAAAUCCAGAAGGGUUGCGAAGAACUGAGUGUCGAGUGGAAUAGAUCUCUGAGCACCGAACUUGUGCCUUUGGAUCUGGCCACCAAGGGGCUGUCGAUUUCUCCCAAUUGCGUUUUUGCCGCUGCCAACUCCACAAUCGGUGUUUCUCUCACGGUGCUGUUGUCAAUCGAUUUCGAGGUCCAGCGAACCGUCACGAAUGGCGUUGAAGUACUUCGUUGGGCAAGAGUGACCCAACACAACUUAUCCUGGAGGCAGCCCGCCAUCGAGCUGGAUUGGGUCGAAACAUUGGAUUGCAAGCCCGCCGACUCGAUCGACACUGGAUUGGUGGAAGCGCCUCGAUCGUACCUUGUCACGCUUUUCACCGUAUCUUCAGACUAG